AAAUACAAUAGCGAGAAACGACCGAGGUGAUAAACACAACUAUAGCAUGUCCAUCACAAAUGAAGCCCUUCAGAGCGGUCAGGACGAUUGUCAGCUAGGAAUUGCAAAGGGACUUACCAAUAUAAUGAGCGCCUCACAAUAAACUGCCGCGACAACACUUUUGCCUUCUUACCAUGAAGUCGUAUCCAUGACGUUACUUGUUUCGCCUUUGGAAAGUGACAGAAUCUUUGACCAUGGAAGGUCGCCGUCGGCAUCUGAUGUAACGCAAUUCGUCGUUUGCAUCGGUUCUAUCAGGGACUUAUUGUGUUUUUCCCUCGAAAGGCCUUGGUAAGCCAGGUAUUCCUGGGUUUGUAAGCCAUUUGUGAGAAUAUAAAAACCCUUGUCACUUGCGACCUAUCCGACCUAUCGUACGUCCUGUUAUUCCUGAGAUUCCGUAGAGUUGCAGAUUUCACAGCACCAAGGCUCCUCAUGGCUCCUAUCUUCAACGCGCCCGCGCCGAACGUCCCGUUCUUCACUCCUGCUCAGUAUCCUGCUGCUGGAACUGCUCUUGAUCCCCAGCCCAACAGCAAGCCCAUUCCGAAACUCUUCCAGCCUCUGAGGAUUCGUGGAGUUGAGUUCCAGAAUCGAAUUUGGCUUUCUCCUCUUUGCCAAUAUUCAGCAGUGGAUGGCUUCGUCCAGCCAUGGCAUACAGCACACCUUGGCGGCAUCAUCAGCCGAGGACCUGGUUUGUCCAUUGUAGAAGCUAGCGCCGUUUCUCCAGAAGGUCGUAUCACUCCUGAGGAUGUCGGGAUCUGGAAGGAUGAGCACAUCGAGGCUUGGAGACCCAUUGUUGACUUCGCUCACUCUCAAAACCAGAAGAUCGGUAUCCAGAUCGCUCACGCUGGACGCAAGGCUUCAACCUACGCUCCCUGGUUGCAUCCUGGUGCUGCGGCACCAACUGCUGCUGAUGGCUGGCCAGAUGAAGUCGUUGGUCCCAGUGCUAUUCCCUUCAACGACAAAUUCCCUAAGCCCAAGGAGUUGACCAAGGAGGGUAUUCAACGUAUCAUUGACGCAUUCGCCAAUGCUGCCAAGCGUUCUGUUCGGGCUGGUUUCGAUGUUGUUGAGAUCCACAACGCACAUGGGUACCUUCUGAGCGAGUUCCUGUCACCUACUGCUAACAAGCGCACGGAUGAGUACGGUGGAAGCUUCGAGAACCGUAUCCGUCUUACACUUCAGAUCGUCGACGCUGUCCGUGCUAUUAUUCCACCUACUAUGCCUCUCUUCCUUCGAGUGUCUGCUACUGAAUGGCUCGAGGAUGUCUUCCCCGAUGAACCUUCAUGGCGUGUGGAGGAUACCGUUGCUCUCGCAGGCAUUCUCGCCGAGCACGGUGUUGACGUGAUUGACAUUUCCAGCGGUGGAAUGAACCACCACCAGAAGAUCAAAGGCGGACCUGCAUUCCAAGCUCCUUUCUCCGAGGCCGUCAAGAAGGCGCAUGGUGACAACAUUGUAGUCACUGCCGUCGGUUCUAUCACCGAUGGAAAGACUGCUCAAACUGUCCUCGACAAAGGUCAAGCGGAUGCAAUCUUCAUUGGCCGUCACUUCCAGAAGAAUCCUGGCGCUGUCUGGCAAUUCGCUGAAGACCUCGGCGUUGCGAUCAACGUAGCUCACCAGAUUGAGUGGGGCUUCGCUGGUCGUGGCGGUCUCGGACGUCAGGCGUCCCAUGCAAAGUACCUAGCACCGAAGCAAAUUGAAGCCAAGCCCCUGAACCACUAUAGCUCAGGGGUUGCGAUUGCUGAAUGAUCUAAUAUAGGACUGUAUCUAAUAGAAGUAUGUAUAUGAAUUACCAUUGAGUUAUUUCACUUGAAGCCGGUGGUUCGUCUUGGACUGUAAGUAUGCGAGUAUAUUCCAGCAUUCGCAAACGCAUGGUCGAAACUAAAUGUAAAGACGGGCACUACAGACUUAUCUGCUCAACUACAGGGAAAUAAUGUUCACGAUACUGUAUAACGCCAUUAACAGUACAGUACCAGGAGAUGUUUAAGAAUUCAAUAGCUAGCAUAGAGAUAAAAGAGACAGGAAAGAGAAUACAGAGGGUACUACCACUUCGUAUAGUGGGGAAGAGGGAGUCAAUCAAGAGGAAAGCAGAAAAGAAAACUGAAAACUGCGCAAGCCAGCUUCCAACUUCGACGAAGCUUACCCAUCCAGCGAGCGAAACACCGUCAUGGUGACGGGUCCACCAUGCAACCAUGUGAAUGCACAAAUGUGACAAAUCAAUGUUCCGUCGAAGGAGCGACAAAACCCAGAUGAAGUUCCAAGAAUCUUCCCGCCUAGGUCACAGUGCUAAAGCACCGUUACCGCAAUGUCCAUCGUCGCCUUCAAGGUAAAUAUGCCUGAUACAACUGGGGGUAUGGUGUCAGGGAGGGAAUAUCGCCUGACCACUGAGUAAGGGAUGGGUGGCGCCGGUCCCCGAUCACGGCCAAAGCUAAGUCGUGUUGACACUUUUUGUCAUGUAAGGGUGGAAAUGCUCGGCUAUCCAUACACUGUGGCUAGAAAAGGGGAUCCCAUUAACGUAGGCGAAACAAUGUACAUAUUAAAUUUACCUAGAGGCGUCUCUGGAUGCGGGUCGCACAUGAAGUAUUCCGCGUUCCAUGCAUUUUGGUAACAGUGUGCCAAAGAUGCUCCCCUUACCGCAUACGACAACCACUCUUUCGAGUAGUGCAAACCGCGGUUCAGUAAGGGCUUCGUCGAGUGCGUGCAAUGCAUUGCGACUAUCAUUGUCGAGGUGCAAAUGUAGCUCGCAAUGGAUAUAUACACUGCGUAGAUUCGCUGAGUUGACAACGGAAAGCAUCCUCCUCAUUGUAUCGAGAGAUGUGCUGUCUGC